UCCGGUUAUUCAUUUAUCACUGGGAGUCUGGGAGAUUGGGACUCCAAUUCCAUGUACAAAACGCGCUAAAUAGUUUACAGCUUUUAAUCUCCUUUACAGAUUCUGCAGAUCACACUCGCAGAGGCUUUACCUGUUCCUCCACACAUUAGAAGGCGUUUUCACUAGCUGUGUUAUUCAGAUAUGUUGAGACAUUUAUUAGUUAGGGCAACAACCCGGAAACAAUCAAGACUUCUUCCACAGUUGAAUCAACAGAGGGAAAUACAUAGUAGGAAUAAAAAGGCUAUGGAAUUAAUAGCAAAAGGGUGGAAUGCUUUACAGGAAGUUGAUAGAGUUAUUGAUUUUACUGAACCUACAGACCCACGUCUUCAUCCUCUAUUCAGAACUGCAAAACAAAAUUUUGAACUGGCUUUGGAGGUGGACAAUUCGAAUACUCAUGCAAGGUAUUGGUUGUCUAGGUUGCAUCUGAAGUAUCAAGCACCUGGGUCAUGUAAAGCCAUUGGAGCUGCUCUACUAGUGGAGGCGGCAGACAUGGGUGAUGCAGAUGCACAAUAUGAGCUAGGUCGCCGUUUGAGAGUUGAGAAUCCUUAUGUCCAAUCAGAACAACAAGCUUUUCAUUAUUUGGAGAAAGCCAUUGAACAGUUGCAUCCAGGUGCUCUAUAUCUUAUGGGCGCGGUGUAUUUGACUGGGGAGUGGGUGAAGCAAGAUAUGGCGUCUGCUUUGUGGUGUUUCCAUAGAGCUUCAGAGAAGGGACAUGCUGGUGCAGCCAUAGCAUAUGGAUCACUUCUAUUAAAGGGUGCUAAAGUACCAGAAGCUAUAACAAAGUUCAAUGCAAGAAGUAUUCCCUCCUCCAAAGCAAAGAAGAAGAACGUGGCUCUUCCCGAUGAGGACUCUAUGGAGUUGGCAAAAGAACAAUUUGAAAUCGCAGCGAAAGCCGGAUCUGAUCUUGGGCUGAUAUGGUUGAAAAGACUUGAAGAUGAACAGAAGCUUAAAGCGGCUCAAUAAUCACAAUUUACAUGAAUACUUGUAUACUGCUGUUUCACAGAAAUUUUCUACAUGACAUGAGAAGAUGGAAUGGAAAAUUAUAUUCUUCAUUUCUUU